AUGCUUCAUUGGAAGAUACGCCCAAGGUCCACCUCCGGGCUAUGUCUUCGUGCCAAAGGGAGAUGUCUACAUAACUCGCAAUUGUCGAAGCCGUUCACGAGAGACGAAACAGAUGAAUCCCCAAACCCGCCGCACCCUCGACCUCGAUGCCCCCUCCCAAACCCACGCCACCAUAACCCAAUCCGCCUCCAGCACGCUUGCCGCUCGCACCACGUCGUCGCCCAAAAGGACGCACGAGACAUCUCGAAGGCCCGCACUCUCCUCUGCUCUCAAUUCCCAGCCAUGCGUACAGAUACACUGGAGACGGUGCUGGGCCAUGCGUUUCUGUAG